ACUGAUGGACUCCACAACAGCAACAGCAGAGCUGGGCUGGACGGUGCAUCCUCCAUCAGGGUGGGAAGAGGUGAGCGGAUACGACGAGAACAUGAACACCAUUCGCACCUACCAGGUGUGCAACGUCUUCGAGUCCUCCCAGAACAACUGGCUGCGCACCAAGUACAUCUGGAGGCGAGGAGCACACCGCAUCCACGUGGAGAUGAAAUUCUCGGUCCGGGACUGCAGCAGCAUCCCAAACGUCCCAGGCUCCUGUAAGGAGACUUUUAACCUCUACUAUUUCGAGUCGGACUUUGACUCGGCCACCAAGACUUUUCCUAACUGGAUGGAGAAUCCUUGGAUGAAGGUGGAUACGAUCGCCGCCGACGAGAGCUUCUCGCAGGUGGACCUGGGCGGGCGGGUGAUGAAGAUCAACACCGAGGUGCGCAGCUUCGGGCCCGUCUCCAAGAACGGUUUCUACCUGGCCUUCCAGGACUACGGGGGCUGCAUGUCCCUGAUCGCCGUGCGCGUCUUCUACCGCAAGUGCCCCCGCGUGAUCCAGAACGGGGCCGUCUUCCAGGAGACCCUCUCGGGGGCGGAGAGCACCUCGCUGGUGGCGGCGCGGGGCACGUGCAUCGCCAACGCCGAGGAGGUGGACGUGCCCAUCAAGCUCUACUGCAACGGGGACGGCGAGUGGCUGGUGCCCAUCGGGCGCUGCAUGUGCCGGGCGGGCUACGAGUCGGUGGAGAACGGGACCGUCUGCAGAGGCUGCCCCUCAGGGACGUUCAAGGCCAGCCAAGGGGAUGAAGGGUGUGUCCACUGUCCCAUCAACAGCCGGACGACCUCGGAAGGGGCCACAAACUGCGUGUGCCGGAACGGAUAUUACCGAGCGGACGCCGACCCCGUGGACAUGCCCUGCACCACCAUCCCCUCCGCCCCCCAGGCCGUCAUCUCCAGCGUGAACGAGACCUCCCUGAUGCUGGAGUGGAGCCCCCCCCGGGACUCGGGAGGGCGGGAGGACCUGGUGUACAACAUCAUCUGCAAGAGCUGCGGGUCGGGCCGGGGGGCCUGCACGCGCUGCGGGGACAACGUGCAGUUCGCCCCCCGCCAGCUGGGGCUGACCGAGCCCCGCAUCUACAUCAGCGACCUGCUGGCACACACCCAGUACACCUUCGAGAUCCAGGCCGUCAACGGCGUCACCGACCAGAGCCCCUUCUCCCCGCAGUUUGCAUCCGUCAACAUCACCACCAACCAGGCUGCUCCCACUGCCACCAAAACAUGA